CUCUUCCAAAAAAAAAAAAAGACAAUGGGAUAUAAAUAUAAAAUUAAUCCAUCUUCUUACGAUAUCGCAACUCAUGUUCAGAUAGAAAUCAAACCUCAUGACCUUAUUUAUAUAGAUCUGAUCAAACGUCGAUUAAAUAGAAACAUUAAAAAAUGAUCAAAUCAAGUGGCACGUUCAUGGCAAAGAUUUAAUAAUCAAUAUUCUCAAUGUAGAAAGUUCAGUUAAUUCCAAUCUUGAAAAAAAGAUCAAUAAUGAUACUCAGUUUUCAUUUACAAAACAUGUUGCCCCCACUAUUGAACUAUCUAAUGAGGAUCAAAAAGACAUUUACAUUACGAGUUUAAAAGAAAUGAUGCGUAAAUACAUGUACAAACAAAGUUAAUGUUAAAUUAGACUAAUUUACAUGCAAUGUUUUUAGGGAGUUCAUUAGAGAAUUCAGAGGCUUAUUAUAAACUUGGUAUUCCUGUUGUUAAAUCUAUUUUGAUACAUGGCGUAUCUGGUGUAGGAAAAAAGAGACUAGUAAAACUUGUCAAUGAAGUACUUGGUUGUACAAUGUAUGAAAUAUCAAUUCACGAUUUACUUUUAUUUAAUGAAGAAGAAUAUGAUCUUGUUCAAUUCAAAAAAUAUAAUCCUUUCUCUUUAUUAUUGAAUAAAGUUAUUCAACAGCAUAUACCAGCUACAAUUGUUAUACAUGAUCUAGAUGCACUUGAUAAAAAUAAUAACAAGACAACAAAGAUAUUAACUAUUUUAUCAGAAGGGAUUCAAAAGAUUGUUAACAAGGGAUCUAGUUGCUCUGUAAUCGUUAUUGGCUUAGCAUGUCAGCUUAGAUCAUUGCCUCAAUCACUUCAAAAUUCAGAUAUAUUUGGACAGCAUAUGUUAAUUCCUAUACCCUCACGGUAAGUUAUCAAAAGAUAAAAAAUAAACAAGUACUUAUAC